CCCCUUUCCAGUGCUGUAUCACAUGUAUCUGUCCACGCUUCUGCCCUUGAGGAUCACAAAGCAAAAGUCCCUGCCUCAUGCAAGACUGGUGCUGCUGUCACCAAGCCACAGCUUUGUGGCUGGGCCUUGAGCCAGUAAGAGCAGUCACAGAAGCAGUUCUCCGGCAGGAAGCAGGGCAGUUGCUCCUCUGACUGUCGGGCUCCUCCUCUGGAGUGGUGGAGAUGGCAGCGAACUUCGCCUGCAGCUUCACUGCACUUUGCUGUUUGGCACUCUGGAGCUUCACCAGGACUUCAGGUGGUACACUUGUUACACCACCCCACUCAACCAUAAGACCUGGCUUCCCUGUCCCAGUGAACACCAACAACCCCGAGGUCCGCAAGGCCGCUCGCUUUGGGGUCUACAGGUACAACAACAGCUCAAAUGACCUCUUCCUGUUUAAGGAAUCACAGAUAAAGAAAGCCAUGGUACAGGAGGAAACUGCUUUCUCUAGUCAGAGGGCUGAAGUACAUGCUUCACGUGGAAAUCAGGGAUCACCCCAGCCUGGACAGCUGUCACUUCCAGAGGGAAAAAAACCUGCAACAGAUGCUGAGAUGAUAUUUUGAGGUCUGGAUAACACCCUGGACACACAAAGUGCAUAUCCCUGUUGCCCAAUGUGACCAAGACCUUUCCCCAUGAGAGCCUGACUUACAGAGGAUCUCCCACCAUGAGUUUUUCCUUGCCUGGACUGCUGAGGUCAAUACUGAAGUGGGGAACAGCUGUACAGAACUGCACAGAGCUUUUUUCUCAAACCACAUGGUUGUUUUCUUCCUUGAGAAAGAACCUCAAAAGACAAGGCCUGCCUUGGCUGAAUGUCUUGCUAUCCAGUUUUGUAUCUGUUUUUCCAAAACUAAACUGCACAUGAACAUGUGUUGUCAUUCAUUUGCCAUCCAUCCUCUGGCUGAAUUUCCAAGCACUCCCAGGAAGCUCUGUUGCACUUGUUUUGUGAUGAACUUUCACAAAGCCAUGAUGGAAACAAGUCUAAACCACAGCACAUGUGAAUACAACACCUAGCAAAGCUUGACAACAGUGGGGUGGUUUGCCUGGGUGUACACACACACACAAGUUUUAAGAUUUUCCAGUGCCAGGGAAAUGGUCAGACACACGUGCCAGGAAGGCAAGAGGGAGAGCUGUUGUUUUAUUUUUUUUUUUAAGACAGAGGUAUGGAUAAGGAUUUCUUGAAACACGGACAUCCCAGAAAUUACACAGUCCAACAAGUGCUUCCACUUUAAUCAAAAGCUAAGCUACACUGUGAAAGGGCAUCACUGCAAACGCCAAGGCUAAUAAAUCUAAUCAUAUUGCCAAAUAAUAAUUCUGAGGUUAAACAGCAUAGUUCCAUUCAGGUUAAUAUACAACAUUUAAUCUCUGGCAGACCACAGCGUAUAUUCAGGUUCACUACAAUGAUGUUCUUCUCUAGAUGGGCAUCUAGCAUUCCUUCAAGUCUUCACUCUUCUUCCACAGGCUAAUUAUUACUUACAGUGGAGUAAGGUCCCUAUUAGGAAGGAUUUGGGUAGCUGCUCACUUAAAACAGCCAUAUGACCUAUGACCAGUCAUACACAGACCAGCACUUCUAAAUGGACAGGGCCCUGAUCUAAGCCACAAACACUUUUUUUUAAAUACAAAUACUCCUUUUUUCUUGAAAGUUGUUGCCUUUUUGCAGCAAUAUUGUAACUCCUCUUAGCAGUAACACUCCCACUUUCAGCCUUUUUAACAACCAUUCAGUCAAGAAAGGCCAGUGAAUGGCCUGGUUCCAAGGCAAGGUCUGGGGAUCUUAAAACAGAUUGUAUUAAUAGUACAGCUGAAUAUCUGCUCCAAGUAACCCCAGGGCUGGGCAAGUCCCAAGUCCCAAGUUCUGCUUCAGAAACACCACUUGUGAUGAACAGGUGGCUCAGCAGCAGCACAAAUUCAGCAUCCAGUGCUGGAGAGGCAGCUAUGCUGAAUCUUAUCUUUGGGAACAGCAGUGUCU